CCGUCAUCUUCCACUGUCUCUCUUUAAGGUUGCAGAGAGAGAGAGAGAGAGAGAGAGAGAGAAUGGGACUCUCUUGGGCUCUCUGAAAGCCAAACCUGGUUAGGGUUUCUGUUCACUGCUCGUGACUCCAUAGCAAGGUCUUUCCUCCAAGUUUUCUCCGUAGAGAUAAGGUUUUGAAUAGGUGUAGAAAGUUGUAAAUGAUGCCUGGGAAAGCUGAACAUGAAGACAGGCGGCCACAACACAGUGCAACUAAUGUGUUUCAGGCAGGUGUUUACACUCAACCGUGGUGGCGGGAAAUGGCAACUAAUACAGGAACAGCCAUGGAUGAAACUACUUCAAAAUCAUCUUUUGUGGAACGUGCAAAUGGUAGAGUUGAUGAUGGUGGAGGUGGAACUAACUUCAACAAAGAAGUCCCUGCAACUACAGCUUCACAGUCUGAACACCAUGCCAAAAUUGCUCCAUCCUCGACUGUGCUCACAAUGGGUAAACAUCUCGACCCGAAUUCCCAAAUGGAACUUGUUGGUCACUCAAUUGUUCUGACACCAUAUCCUUUUGGAGAUCCAAAUUAUGGUGGAGUAUUGACUCCGUAUGGACCCCAAGCCAUGGUACCUCCUCACUUAUAUGGCAUGUAUCCUGGUAGAAUGCCUCUGCCCCUUGAAAUGGAAGAGGAGCCUGUUUAUGUAAAUGCAAAACAGUAUCAUGGUAUCUUGAGACGAAGACAGUCACGUGCGAAGGCUGAGCUUGAAAGGAAAGCAAUUAAAGGUAGAAAGCCAUAUCUUCACGAGUCUAGGCAUCAGCAUGCUAUGAGAAGGGCAAGGGGCUGUGGAGGCCGCUUUCUAAACACUAAAAAGGCGGAUGACAAUGUUGACAGUUCCACGUCGGAAAAUGGCACAAAUUCCAAUAGAAACCAAUCAACACAAUCAAUCCGUGAUCGGAAUGCGGAUUCUUCUAGUAUCCAGAAGGACAGGCCAGGAUCCAUGGUUGAAGAUAUGGGGAAAAUGCGGACUCUCUCCAAGGGAAACGGCAAAAGCAACAACGGUCAUAGCUUGUCAUCAUCAUACGAUUUACGGUUCACUGAUGGCAAGGAUGGUGACUGCCUGGGCCGGGAGAGGAAAAGCAUGAGGUUGAAUGGCUCUACUCAUGGGGCCAUCCCCAUCAAAUGAAAAAUCCCCAGUGGGAUGUGGUCUCCCCCAGCAUCAGUAAACUGGUAUAGUACUCUAAAUCCACUUCUUAAUAUUGAAGUUGCGGUCGUCUAUCUUUGAUGCUUACCAGAUCACUACGACGUUCAGGUGAUGCUGAGGGGAGACACAGACCCCCCCACUCAGCUCAAGGGAAACCUUUCUUGUGUGUGUGUGUCUAUAUCAGGCAAUUCAUUCUUGGCUUUGGUUACUUCAACUUGUAUGACUAUGUAGGUGAAAUGAAGAAUCUCAACUCUAAACAAGUCCUUAAUCUCGUGACAUUUACUUACCCUUUUGUGAAAUUUAGCAGAAAGCAAUUAGUAUAGGAAAUGGUUGUGAAAUGAUUUGAUUAGAAAUGAUUUGUAUCUUUAAUGUUUCAAGAGCUUGUAGUAGACAUUAUAAUAUUUGGAACAGAGGGUUUGCUGUUUCUAA